CGCGCGCCCACGGCCACGUCCCGCCGCGAGAGGGGGCGGAGCCAGCGUGAGCGUCGGGCGCGCGCCGGCUCGGCCACCGCGGGUCGGCGUCCGCGGGGGCCCCGGCUGCUCGGAGCACUCAAAAGAUCCGAUCCGGCCCCAACCGCCCCUGCUGUGUGUUGUUGCCUUGUGCCAUGAGUUGCUAAACCUGAGCCUGGUUUUUUAGCUGCCUUGGGGUGCCGUGGGCAGGGGGGUCCCCAGAGCCAUGUCGGACCUACUACUGCUGAGCCUGAUUGGGGGCCUGACUCUACUACUUCUGAUGACGCUGCUGGCCUUCGUCGGGUACUCAGGGCUGCUGGCCGAGGUGUCAGUGAGCGCCGGCUCACCCCCCAUCCGCAACAUCACCAUGGCCUACAAGUUCCAUGUGGGGCCCUACAGCGACACGGGGCAGCUUUUCACGGAGAGCUGCAGCAUCUCCCCCAAGCUCCGCUCCAUCGCGGUCUACUAUGACAACCCCCACACGGUUCCCCCCGGGAAGUGCCGCUGUGCAGUGGGCAGCAUCCUGAGCGAGGGGGAGGAGUCGCCCUCUCCCGAGCUCAUCCAGCACUACCAGAAGUUUGGCUUCAAGAUCAUCUCCUUCCCAGCACCCAGCCACGUGGUGACAGCCACCUUCCCUUACACCACCACACUGUCCAUCUGGCUGGCUGCCCGCCGGGUCCACCCUGCCUUGGACGCCUACAUUAAGGAGCGGAAACUGUGUGCCCAUCCUCGGCUGGAGAUUUACCAGCGAGACCAGAUCCAUUUCAUGUGCCCCCUGGCCCGGCAGGGCGAUUUCUAUGUGCCUGAAGUGAAGGAGACGGAGCGGAAGUGCCGCGGGCUGGUGGACGGCAGUGACCCCCAGAUGGAUGGCACAGAAGCCGACAUGCUGAGUGACUCGAGUUCCCCGAGCCUGGAGGCCAGCGCCGGCAGCCGGGAGACCUCGGCCACCACCCUGUCCCCCGGCCUGGGCAGCCGGGGCUGGGAAGACGGCGAUAACCGGAGCGAGCACAGUUACAGCGAGUCAGGCGCCAGCGGCUCGUCCUUCGAAGAGCUGGACCUGGAGGGCGAGGGGCCCUCGGGGGAGCCCCGGCCGAGCCCCGACGUCAAGCCUCCCGGGGUCCCUCGCGAGCCCAGCACCCCCGAGAAGGGCGAGGAAUAACGGGGCAGGUGCUCAGGAGCCGCGCGGACUCGGCGCCCUCCUCCUCCCUCCUCCCCUCCCCGGGACCACCGGCCCCUG